AACAAGCGAAGCGAAUGACAGUUACCAGUAAAUGCCUGCCAUAAAAUACGCGAAAUGCGCGGGAUUUGCUAAAGUAAAGUAUCAUCACAAUAUGGCUAGUGGACAGUUAUUUAAAUUGCCAUCAGUUGCUUCCGAUCAUAAAGAAGCUCUCCAAGAAACUAUAUAUAAAAUGAAGGAACAUAUUAUUAGCAAUAUCAGUAAAGGAGAAAGAUAUCAGUGGAGUUUAGACGAUUUUGAAAUAGGAUCGCCUCUGGGAAGAGGAAAGUUUGGUCGUGUAUAUCUAGCCAGAGAGAAAACUACUCACUACAUGGUUGCUUUGAAAACAUUGUACAAAGUUGAAUUAAUAAAAGGACGUGUGGAGAAGCAAGUAAUGAGAGAAAUUGAAAUACAGACGCAUUUGAGACAUCCUCAUAUUCUCCAAAUGUUGACAUACUUCCACGACGACAAGAGAAUCUAUCUGGUGUUGGAAUUUGCUGCAAGAGGUGAAUUGUACAAAGAAUUGAAACGUCAGCCGAAUGAGAGAUUUAACGAACACUUAUCAGCCAAAUAUACUUAUCAAGUGGCUGACGCUUUGGAAUAUUGUCACAGAAAUAACGUUAUUCAUCGAGACAUAAAGCCUGAAAAUUUGUUACUCACGUAUAACGGAGAUAUCAAGCUCGCAGACUUUGGAUGGUCGGUACACGCGCCAUCCUCCAAACGGAGAACAUUAUGUGGAACAUUGGAUUAUCUGCCACCGGAAAUGGUGAUGGGAGAAAAAUAUGAUAUUUAUGUUGACCAUUGGUGUUUGGGAAUUUUGUGUUACGAGUUUCUCACGGGCCAACCUCCCUUCUUGAGCAACACCACCCAAGAAACAUACGCAAAGAUAAAAACCAUGAGUAUAAAAUGGCCAGAGCAAAUAAAACCUGGAGCCAAAGACCUCAUAUCCAAGCUUAUCAAAAAGAAAAGUACAGAACGGAUUUCCAUGGCUGCGGUCAAGAGACAUUUUUGGAUCGUGGAACACAAAGAUUCGCCCAAGUCGUAAGCCCAAAACCUGACAAAGACUUAUUAUUCAAUAACAAUUUUUAUAACACAACGUAUCUCGAUGAUGACAAUUUUAUUGUAUAAAUUUGUAU